GUAAAAAUGGUGUAUCUGGCAGGUGUCGCCUUCUGGCGACGAACUAGUAUAACCAAUCAGUCUAAGGGGAGGUUAUGUCGGGACAAGUAAAUUGUAUUAUCCGUGGAGUGUUGUGUUUUUAAUGAACAACAAAAUCAAUGGUAGCCGAAUAUGGCUGAAGAAUUGCUUGUGGUACUAAAUCGGAGUGAGAAUGCAGGCUUCGGGUUUUCUUUGCUAGGGGAACCUGGUCUACCACCUAUUAUUUAUAAUAUACUAGACGAUUCUCCAGCGGCCGAAAGUGGUGAGGUGGAGGUUGGAGAUGUAAUUUUAAAAGUUAACGAAACAGAUGUGAUACGAUUUAGUACGAAAGAAGUUCUCAAAUGCCUCCGUUUAUCAGCGGAUCCAGUCAUAUUAAAAAUCAAACGGGAUCCAAAAAUCAAAGCAAGUGUUCGAAAGCACCUUCUCUCAACUAGCGGCGAUAUCGAAAAACCUUCAAAACUUCCAGCCGUUCAUACAGCAAACAUAACCUCAUUUUCUAACUUAAAUAGCAAAUCGGAAUCUGCAGCUUAUAAGACUCACAAUGCUGUGGUGCGACACGGCUCAGCAACAAACGGUAGCUGCUCCGAACGGGAACCACUACUGCACCAUCACGACCACGACGAAGUGCUGCGACCUCUGGAGAACGAACAACACGAAAGAUUGCAAUGGCAACCGUUGGCAGCGCACGGGAACGAGACCACGAACAAAUCGAAAAGCCACGGUCAACCGAAAUUCGAGGCGUAUAUGAUGACGGGAGAGCAUAUCCUGAACAUUUCGCGGAUGCCACAGACCACCGCCAUCGUACCUAAGCAACAAAAGAAGAUGGACAACCUGAGGUACCAUAACAGCCACGCCCACCACCUGAGGCAUCAACAGCACAACUCAGUGCCGAACAGCCCCAACGAGUCCGAUCUGGGCCAUCGAGGCAGCAACGCUGGGAAAUCUGGUCCGAAUUCCGCAUCAACUUCCCCAAUCAGUGCCAACAAGAGGGAUCAGCACCAGCCCUCUCCUGCUGAUCCCUAUAACUUUGUGAGGACAAGUCGAUCAGAGGACCAAUUACAAGGUCAAAAUGACCUUUACAACGUCAGCGUUGCCAACUCGGAAGCCGACGAGGACGUCACGAGUUCCCUCAACACGUUGCUCGACACCCGGCCGGACUCGGUUACAGCGAAUUGCAACAGCGACAGCGACCGAAUCGUGUGGACCUACAACGCCCCCAUUUCCGACCAACAGAAGUUCGCGCACGCGCUCUCGAACGGAAGCAGUUCGUCUCACAGCAACGUUUCGCCGACCUCCUCCAGCCCUCUUCAUUCUUCCGGUUCGCCUGCUUCACCCACUUCAGUGUCUUCCUCUGUGAUGUCCAGCCAUUCGGGAUCAAAACGAACGCCUUAUGGUCUCUCAAACGGACCCAUGGGACAGCUGCCUGGCGGCGGCGACUACAGCGUCUCCGAAGCAGUGUCGAACAUUUCGAGUCCCGAUUACCAUGAUGACGACAUUGUCGGUUUGCGCGAUUGCGUCAUGGAAAUCAGUGACCAUAGUGAUAGUGACAGUACUUUGUUAGUGUCCGAACCUCGUCAGAGGCACGUCAGGGUGCACAAUAGUAGUUCGACGGGAGGGAAUUCGGAUAGUAGUGAUCAUCGCAUUGUGAUACAAGUGAAAGGACCCGACAAAGAUAGGAAUAGACAGAGUGAUAGUAUGUCUACGUUACGAGGAGAUAAUGAUGGAUAUCAGAUGUCUAACGAUAUGGUGCAAGAAUUCGAGCACGAGGAAGAUGGUUUCCGGGAGAUCACGAACAAAUCUUCGCCGCUGUCUUCUGAGGACGAAAGCGACGUUGAGAGUCUUCAUAGUUUCCACUACUCGCCGAAGGCAGUUGACAUGCCUUCUGCCAUCAGGCUCGCGAAGAGGUUGUACGGUCUGGACGGGUUUAAGAAGUCCGAUGUGUCCAGGCAUCUUAGUAAAAAUAAUGAUUUUAGUCGAGCAGUGGCAGAAGAAUACCUGAAAUACUUCGACUUUGAAAGAGAUACCUUAGAUAUAGCGUUAAGAAAGUUCCUGAAGCAAUUCUCUCUCACCGGCGAGACUCAAGAGAGGGAGCGUGUACUAGUUCAUUUUUCCAAGAGAUAUUUAGACUGCAAUCCCGGAUCUUUCAAUUCUCAAGAUGCCGUUCACACUUUAACCUGUGCCAUUAUGUUGCUCAACACAGAUAUACAUGGCCAAAACGUAGGAAGAAAAAUGACUUGUAACGAAUUUAUCGAAAACUUGGCAGGACUAAAUGAGUGCGAGAACUUUCCGAGGGAUGUCCUCAAACAGCUGUAUCAUGCAAUUAAGAAUUAUCCUUUGGAAUGGGCGCUGGACGAGGAAAGCGAAGACAGAAACAGCGUACAGGUACAACCGAGAAACACGGAAAGCAUGAACCUCAGCGGCAAUCCGUUCCUGGAAGUACCCAUCUCAGCCAAUGCCGUGGAAUACAAGAAGGGCUACGUCAUGAGGAAGUGCUGCUACGAAGCUAACGCCAAAAGAAGCCUUUGCUGCAUUUUUCUAGCACCCUUUCACAAGCGUAGUUGGAAGAUGUUCUAUUGCACCCUCCGAGACCUGGUGUUGUACCUCCACAAGGACGAGAACGGAUUCAGGAAGAACCAAAUGGGCGACAAUCUUCACAACGCGAUCAGGAUACAUCACGCGCUGGCGACCAAGGCUUCGGACUACACCAAGAAACAGUACGUGUUUCGGCUGCAGACCGCCGAUCAAGCGGAGUAUUUGUUUCAAACGAGUGAUUCAAAGGAAUUGCAAUCUUGGAUAGACACGAUCAAUUUUGUGUGUGCCAGUUUUUCGGCGCCGCCUUUAGAAGCAGCAGUGGGAUCUCAGAAGAAAUUCCAGAGGCCGCUGCUACCGUGUAGUCAUACUAAAUUAACAUUGAGAGAGCAAUUAGCAGAUCAUGAGGAGAGAGUAAUGAGACUGGGAGCUAUGUUAGACGAUCACCGGAGAUCGCCACCGGAGAAAGGAUCAAAAUCGCAGGUCAUUCAAAACUACAAAGAAAAGGAAGCUUACUUAACUUAUGAACUGAAGCGGUACAAAACUUAUAGCCUCAUGUUACGUUCCAAAAUGUCACAUUACCCGGAACUGACGGUCAGCCUGGUGGAGCACUCUAUCGGCGAGGUGGACGAAUCGUUGGCGGGAGCGACCGGACCGUCGGUGUGCUUGCUGGACAACACGGAGGGCGGCGUUGUCGCGCCGCCCCUGCCCGACCGACCGUCUCCCACUGUCAAUAGGUGUAGUUUUACUCUUGUGCACAUUAUUUACUAUCCCGAUGACAAAUCAAUGCUCCUAAGGGAUAGGGACGAUCCCGAAUAGGAAGUCUUAGGAGUCGCUGACCGAAAACCACUCUUAGAGACGCGACGACUAGUCGGUAUGCGCCUGUCCAGUGCAAUAGGAGACAGACAAAACAAAUUUUAAGAGUUUUUUUUUAAAAACUCCUCUUCAUCCCGAUGUGUGUCAAAGAAGUUAAAUUUAUCGUUUAAUUCUAGCGUGCGGAAUUGUCCGUGUAGGAUGGCAAAGUUUGGUUAAUUAUUAUUCAGAAACGUAAGCUUUAAUAAUAAUAAAGUAAAUAGUAAUAUUUACAAUGGUAAUAUUUUGAAAAAAUCGAAGAGUGGAGCAUAUACAGGGUGUCCAGAAACUCUACCGACAAACGAAGACAGCAGAUUCGUCAGAUAAUUUUAAGACAAUUUAACCACAUUCACCUAGUCCGAAAAUGCUUCCUAAGGAAGCUAGAGCUCUUUGAAGAUGGCGUCUUCUAAUUAGUUUUUCUUAAAUACCUCCAGAAGGCAUUUAGUUAGAAAAACGAAAAUUGGUACGCAUAUUUAUCUUCCAUAGAUUAAUCGAUUCUAUUCAUUGCGAAUUUCUAGUACCUGUCAUAGGCGUCCGUUUUGGGUAGGGCAAUGGUUAUUUUAUCGCAUAACUUAUUUGUCUUUAAAUUUUAAGUAUUUUUAACUACGGAUUAUUAAAUUCUGAGGUAUUCUAGUACUAAAAGGUACUCUUGCUUUAAGUCGGUAGGACACACCGUUUUCUAGAAAAAUCGAUUUGAAAAUAUUUCGUCUCUUGAAUUAAAAAAAAAAAAUUUUUUUUUCAAAAAGAACGGUGUAUUUUACCAACUUAAAGCAAGAGUAACUUGAGUAACUAGUGUCAAAAAUGCUUAAAAAUUAAAGACAAAAAAGUUAUACGAUAAAAUAACCGUUGACCUACCCAAAUCCGACGCAUAUGACCGAUACUAGAAAUUCGCAAUUAAUGAAAUCGAUUCAUCUUUGGAAUAUAAGUAAACGUACAAGUUUUCAUUUUCCUAAAUAGUUAUUUUUUGAUUUUUUUUUAAUUCAAAAAACGAAAAAUUUUCAAAUCGAUUAUUCUAGAAAACGGUGUAUUCUAUCGACUUAAAUAAAGAGCACCUUUUAGUGCUAGAAUACCUCACAAUUUAAUAAUCCAGAGUCAAAAGUACUUAAAAAUGAAAUACAAAAAAGUUAUGCGAUAAAGUAACCGUUGCCCCAUCCAAAACGGACGCCUAUGACCGGUACUAUAAAUUCGCAAUAGAUGGAAUCGAUUUAUCUCUGGAAGAUAAAUAAGCAUACCAAUUUCUGUUUUUCUAUAUAGACGCGUUCCGGAGGUAUUUAAGAAAAACUAAUUACCAGACGCCAUCUUCAAAUAGCUCUAGCUCCCUUAGGACUAGGUGAAUUGGGUUAAAUUCUCUUAAAAUUAUCUGAGAAAUCUCCAGUCUUCGUUUGUCGGUAGAGUUUCUGGACACCCUGUAUAGUAUCAGGAAAGAAUUUAACGUAGGCAUGCGCUUUCAACGGUAGAAACUGAGAGAAACAUAUUUAAAACGAUAUAGAUUAAGGGCCGGCUCUCCAAACCAAUUAUUCUUUUCUUAGGUAUGCUUUUGAUGUUUGUGUAAGAGCAGCGGUGCCAAGUAUUCGAAGUUAGACAAUCGUAAGCUGUUGUUCUAAUUAUUAUUGUAUUUUAUAGUACGGAUAUUCGAACUUACUUAUAUUCUAUUGAACAAGAAAUUAACAAAGUGGAAAAAAUAAUAAUUUAAAUAAAAUAUUAAAUUAAAAAUAAUAUGAAAAAUAAUAUAUUAUUUUUUUGCACAAGAAACAAAUAUAAUUUGACGGUCAGUUAGAUCCUAAUUGUGGAAUUAUCUAACUGAAACAGUAUUUUGUAUGCAUGUUUCGAUGAGUAAAUUCUAAUUUUAGAGAUUUUUGUAGCAACAGAAGAGUACCAUAUUUAUAUUAUAUAGAUUUUCUUCCAGUACUUCGGUACAGUUUUAAAAAUUUAUAAGAUUUUCAAAUACAAGAUAGCAGAUGAUCUGCUAAAUGUAACAAAAACGACAUAUCAUAGCUGUAGGAUGAUUUUAUGCAUAGUUGAAAUUUUAUUCACUACAGGAAUUCCUGUUUUAAUGCUAGAUUUUAGCGGGUUUAGCAGAAUAGGUACCUACUAAUAGACAGACAUUCUUCUUUUUCUGGUGCCUAGCAGUAACGAAUGUUGGGAAUCAUUCCGGCAAUGAUAAUCUUAUUAACUGCUGCCUUGAAAAGCCCUGUAGUGGAUGUCGCAAACCAGGUUCUCGAGUUCCUGAGCCAAGAUAUUCUUCUUCUUCCGACGCCUCUUUUACCAUUCACCUUUCCUCUUUUACCAUUCACCUGCAAAAGGGAUUUUAACAGGUUAUAUUUUUUUCAUUUCUUGUGAUGUGGCCUAAAUAUUCUAAUUUUCUUCUUUUCACCGUGCACAUCUCUUUGUUUAGUUUUUGGAGUAUUUUGCCAUUUGAUAUUUUGUCCAUCCAGAAUAUCUUAAGAAUUCUUCUAUAUGUCCACAUUUCGAACGCAUCCAGUCUAUUCGUUGUUGCUUCCGUUAGAGUCCAAGAAUCUACUCCAUAUAAGAUGUAGAAUAUAUAACAUCGGAGGAGUCUGAGUUUCAGUUCUAAAUUCAAAUUGUGUGAUUUGAACAGUUUGGACACUUGGAUGAAUGCUGCCCUUGCUUUUUCUAUUCUAGCUUUUAUUUCUUGGGAGUGGUCCCACUGCUGGGACACGUUCUACUACUUUUUGGUUGAUGGUAAACUGUACCUUCUCAAUGGUGAUUAUCAUGACUUUAGUUUUAGAAGUGUUAAUUUUUAGUCCAUAUUUGCUACUAACUUCUGCUUCUUUGUUCAUUCAAAGUUGUAACCCUUGUGCAGUGUCGGCAAAGAUAACGGUAUCAUCGGCAUAUCUAAAAUUGUUUAAUAGUUCGCCCUUUAACAGGUUUCCUUCUUCCAUGUGUUCUAGCCCCUUGGGUUUCUUGGAAAGUUGCCUCUGAAUAUAAAUUAAAUAUAAGGGGUGAUAUACAUUCUUGUCUAAAUAUUUUUAUAUCAUCUGUUACUUCAUAUUGACUUUAACGGAAGUUGACUGAUUCCAAUAUAAUUUCUUGAUUUUACGUAAAUCUUUGCCGCCAAUUCCCGCAUCUUGUAAAACAUCCAUCAUUUUGUUCUGUUGUAUUGUGUCAAACGCCUUUUGGUAAUCGAUGAAACAAGCGUAUACACUACAGUUUAUGUCCCGACAACGCUGGAACAGAACUUGUAUGUAUACUAAACAGAGCUUCUCUUGUUCCUAAACCUUUCAUAAAACCAAAUUGCGUUGGGAUACUUGUUCUUCGCAGAUUCUGUAAAGCCUUCGAUGUAAUAUUUUUAAAAAUAAUUUCAACAAGUGGCUCAUUAAGCUGAUUGUUCGUUAGUCACUACACCUUUUGGAACCUUGCUUUUUUGGCAGAACUAUAAAUUCUGAUCGCAGCCAUUCUCUAUGUAUUUUGCCACUGUUAUAAUAUAUCUCGUUGAAUAUUCUAGUUAUUUCUUUUUUGAAUUCCUUAUCGAACACAUUGCGUGCGACGUCGCUCAUAUGUAUAUGAGAAACACAGAUAUUUUGCCAGGGGCCACGUUGCUCAUUUUUGCUCUACACGUAUGACUAACUUUCAUGGCCGUGGAUAUCAAUGGCCCCUGAGAGUAGUAUCCCGAUUAAAGCGUGGCACGCAAUGUGUUAAAGAUCUCAGCCUGAACUUCAUCUGGGUCGGGAGCCUUUCCGUCUUUCAUUGAUGUCGCAUUGAUGGUUCUGCAACUAUAGAGACGUCUGUAAGCACUCUUGGGUUCGGUACUCGGCGUUUCUUAUCUUCUUUACGAAAAAUCCCACGUUUUUCCAUGAUCACGCGUUUGAGAUGGCAAAGGGAACGUUUUAACUGAACAACAGUGGUUGUUUCUUCCUGAUCCAGUACAGAAUCCAAACUCGGAACAAAAAUAUGUAAAAUUUCCAACCAAAACACAUUUACUAUACGCUCUUCUUCUCUGAGUUCUGUGUUGGUGCUGUUUAAGAUCAGAGCGGCACCCAGUUUUUUUAUUGGAUCGGGAUGGCCGCUGAAGAAGCGCAUGUUUUUUAUAAGAACUUUUAUGCUUAUGGCGACCAAUGAACGAUAGUAUUUUCCUCUGAAGUUUCACUAGCUCGGGCUCAGUUUCCUCUAGGACUUUUCGUUUUUUUAAGGCUUUCAUAGUUUUACGUCGUUUUUAAACGGGUUGAGUGCUGUAGCCUUUGAGAGAUUUGCUGCGCAAGAAACUAUCCAAACUGGGGAUUAUUUUACCUAAAAACUGCUCGAAGUCUUAAACUGGUAACACCUUCUGUCAGUGUUCUAACGUUUCUACACCCAUCUCCGCCAAAGGCAAAUAACUCCUCCCCACCUAAAAGACGUUUACAAAUGGAGUAACGCAUAAACGGAGAGUAUGCGUGAUGAUACUAACAGGAGUCUCUAGCAGCACUUGUAGCGAAGAAAUUAGCAAAUCGACAGACAGACAUUACUAAGUUUAAAUGGUUGAUCGGAGAACGUAAGAUAAGUAAACAUAUACGAAAUAAAAACACUAUCCAAGUUGGCAACAUGCUCUCCGAGUAGCGUAAGUUACUAGUUUCUUCCAGUUACUGUUAUUGACUAUCUGUGUUACGUUGCUGUUUUCUGUUCUGUGUUGGAUAAGAGAAGUUUUUGUUUAGUUUUUUAUAUUGCAGCUCCAUAAAGAAGCAUAUUCCUGGCUUUAUUCCGGUAUUAUUACAGGGUCCACUGCUUCGAUCAGUCAUCUUCACCUGGUUUGAUCCAGGACGUCAUAUAACGUGGCAUUGACAUUGGAAUAUUGAAGAACAUUUAUAACGAUACAUUUUUUAUUUAAAAAUUGGAGGAAAAAUCGGAUUAACGUACAAUUACGUAAGCUUUUCAUUUUAAUGAUGCCGUACCAAAGAUUUGGUAUUAAAAGUAUUAUACAUAGUUUGCUGUCCUACAUGUUCAAUUCCGCAACAUCAAAUAAUCAUUAUAAAUCGAUUUUAAGAAGAAAAAAAAGACAUAACACAUUGCCAAAGAGAUUUGUAUUUAAAAUUGAAAAUAUUAUGGUAUUAUGUCAUUUUAGCAUUUAUAUCUUUUUUGCUUAUCGUUUUUACCUGAUAAUUGACGUAUUAGGGCUUUUUGCUGAUUUUAUAUAAAUAUGUAUAUUGUAGCUUAACUGUACAUUUUUAUUUUAAAUAUACUAUCCUGUUUACAA